UGCUGACUUUCGCUUUUCUUCCGCCUUCAUCUGUUGUGCGCUUCCGGCGGGGCAUCUUGGCGCGACCUCAACAACAUGAAUUACCUAUGUGUCCAGCUCUAAACACACUCGAAUAAAAGUGGGUUACCGGAUAUAUGAAGAGACUUGUGCAGCGCAUAUAUCGUCUGCGCAUGCGCGAUCCGCCUCCUGCAAACAUCAUGGCGCAGCAAGAGCCGAAUGGAGGUUUUCCAUAUUUACCUUCAGGGGCGGCCGAGGUGAACCGAAUGAUAAAGGAGCACAGUGACCUGUUCUCUGAUUCUCGGUGUAAAGUAUGCAGUGCUGUUUUAAUCUCAGAAUCCCAGAAACUUGCACAUUACCAGAGCAAAAAACAUGAGAGCAAAGUACGCCGGUACAUGAGCAUUCAUGGUAAUGAGGAGCCCAUCGCAAAACGGUUCAAGCCUUCAGGAGAUACCUUUAAUGUUGGCGAAGGGGACAAAUACAAAGCCUGCACUGUGUGCAACAUGACAUUCUCUUCCCCAGUAGUGGCACAGUCACAUUACCAGGGCAAAGUUCACUCCAAGAACCUUCGCUUGAAGACCUUUGGUCAGCAGACUCCUGCAUUACCUCAGCCCAAAGUGCAGGUGAAGAAGGAUGAAUGGCUACCUGAAGGUGUGCAGGGGCCAGCAGGAGACCCCAACCGCUUCUGCUCCAUCUGCCAGGCUUCCUUCAACAAUCCCCUCAUGGCUCAGCAGCACUACAGUGGCAAGAAACAUAAAAAACACCUGACUAAACAGAAGCUGAUGGAGACUUAUGGGCCGUCCUCUGCACCAGCCUCCACACUGAAGGGCUACCCAUGUACUGUGUGCAAGAUUGAGCUGAACUCCGUGGAGCAGUACCAGGCCCACAUCAGCGGUUCCAAACACAAGAACCACGGCAGACCCAAGAAAGGGCCAAAUGCAUUUCCCGGCCGCCCUCAGAACUACCAGCCCCUUUUCCAGUAUCCACCCAAUCAGGAAGGACCAGAGAAUGCGGUGAACUGGAACAGCUUCAACUUGGGCUAUGAGUGAGAAGACGCUGUCAGACUCCGCUGCACUCUUCUCAUUUGUGACAAGCUUCCUCUGUUUAGGCACAGGUCAAUGUGUGUCUGCACUGUGCAUCUCCUAAGGCCAGCUUUCACCACACUACAUCUCUUCCUAUCUAUUCUUGUCGCUCUCACACACAGUUGAGGGACCACAAUAAACGACCACAGCUUUUUAAUUUUUUUGUCCCCGCUCCAAAACCGAAGACAAGGAGGCAGAACUUUGCUGCUUUUUUUCCAUUAGUGUUAUGUUAAGUGUUUAUUUGGUUUACGAAAAUUAAUUUCUACAAUCUCCAUAAUUCAGAUGCAGGUUCGGAAGGUGGUUUCGGGAGAUGUUUUGUCUAUAUGUUUGAUAUUCUUACUCUUACUUGUUGCUUAUUAUUUUAAACUGCUCAAGCUCCAUGUUUUGUUAAAUGAAUGACUGUGAUGUUUAAAUCUGUUGAAUUUGAUAGUGUGUGACAUUUGGAAAGUUUGUUUUUUUGGGAGCUUAGAGUGCUUUAUUUCUGAUUUUCUAUGUCAAUUUAAAAAAAAAAAAAAAAAAGAUUUUUUUAAAACCAUUAUUAGUGAUUUACUCUGUUUGUUCUAGGCUGGAUGUUAGUUGUCUUUCAUUUCUCAUGGCUCCUUUCCAUUUCCACAUAAAUCUUUAAGUAGGAAGUAUACUGUAAUUUCAUAUGCUUAAUAGAGAUUUAA